CUCGCAUGGCCACUCGAAGCUUUCCCCGUCCAGGCCCCUAGCAGGAAAAGCUUCCGCUCCCCGUAUGCGGAAUCUGCCCCCGGCAGCAGCAGCCGCGCCCCGCGAAGCAUCUCCCCCUCCUCACGCCGCGCGAGCGCUGAGCCCUAUUGUUACAGGCGCCGUCGCCCAGAUCCCGUCGGUCGCCAUGGCAGCGAGGGCGCAGGCGUGGCAGUUCGCGGCCGCGCUGGUCUUCUUCCACGGCUCCGAGUACGUCCUCGCCGCGGCCUUCCACGGCCGGGAAAACGUCACCGCCACAUCACUUCUUAUCAGCAAGCAGUAUGUUCUGGCAAUGAGUUUUGCAAUGCUAGAACACCUGACAGAAGCUCUUCUCUUCCCAGAACUGAAGGAGUAUUGGUUUGUCAGUCACAUUGGCCUUCUAAUGGUGAUUAUUGGUGAAGUUAUUCGUAAAAUUGCUGUGGUGACAGCCGGGCGUUCCUUUACACAUGUUAUAAGAAUUCACUAUGAAGAUCAACAUAAGCUGAUUACCCAUGGGGUGUAUAGGUUUAUGCGCCACCCCGGGUAUUCUGGCUUUCUUCUAUGGGCAGUAGGAACCCAGGUUAUGUUGUGCAAUCCAGUAUCCAUAGUUGCAUUCACAUUGGUGCUGUGGCGAUUCUUUUCAAAACGGAUACCUUAUGAAGAAUUUUUCUUAAGGCAGUUCUUUGGCCGUGAAUACGAAGAAUACGCACAGAAAGUGCACUCAGGAUUACCAUUUAUAGAGUGAAAGUCUUGAGCUUACAAAAGUGUGCUUACUUCCCCGCUGGCACCGUCAUUGAUGUGUCAGAGUACAGGACUUAACAAUAUGCAAUGAAAAGAUAACAAACUAGCCAUAUGGGUUGCAUACAAUACAAGACAAAUCUUCAUUUUGUAAUCUAGAUUUAAACUGGUGAGAGAUUUUUUCAGUUCACCAAUGUGAAAAUGUGAGAAUUGUUGGACUGGUCAUUCGGUUUGAAAGCUAAAGCCCCUUCAUCAUCAUCAGCAGUGAUGCUUGUUACAGAUAGAUUUGUUAAACCAUGUCAUUCAUCCGAUUUGAGGAGGAAUAGUUCAAUGUGUUAUUGAUUAUCUCCAGUAGUUUUUUAUGUCAAAGUUUUUCCACAGCAACUGUAUCAAGAGUGUUUAACAUUCUCCAGAUGGAACUCCUUUAUUUGUUCCAUGAAAUCUGAAAACAUGCUGCAGUUUUUCCCUGGGGGCACAGUUUAAGUUCAUGAUUCUCUUGUC